UACUCCUGCAAGAUCAACUAGAUUAGUUGAAUGCAGAAUUGUUAAAACAACAAACGAAAUGAGACACGUAAAUCCAGAGAAAUCAGAAGGCAACAUUAACAAAAUUAAUGGCAACAAUUGGUGUGGUUUGGAGACAGCAUGGGAAAGUAGAUUCCUAAGGGUCGUAAAAGAAGUGAUUCCAGAAAGCUAUGAUGAAAUUCAUGAAAAGUGGUCGGUUGCCCCGAGUGAUGGUGGUUGCGCUCUUUGGUCAGUGGUCGGUUACGCGCCAUCAUUGCGUAAAAUAAACAAUCGUACUAUAUCUUUUUAUUUGGUAAACAUAGGCUUUGAUAUUGACUCAGCAUAG